UCCUGCACAGACGACUUCCGGGUUUCUCGCUGUGUUGUGUUUGGGUGCCGCCGCGGACUCUUCAGCAUGACACAAAGUUACUCUCUGCCGUCCUACUUCAUUGUUUUCCUCCCAAAUAUUGCUCGGCUUCGUUGACAGGAUGUAUCCGGCGGUUCGUGACGACACUUUAAGUCGCUGAGAAAGUCGGAGGAGUGCCCUCACCGUGAUUUCAUCCGGACCUGAGACACCUGUUGCUCCAGUUUCGACAGGUGCCUUUCCUCCCCUUUUUUUAAAAAGCAGGGAGCAGCCGGCCGGGGCCGAACGACGCACAACGCCCGGACUAUUUCCUCCAUUCUUUUUGUUUGUUUGUUUACUUUGGAAAAAUAUUUGAAUUUGGUAGACACCAUGAAAGUGACGGUAACUUUCGGCGACACCGCGGUGGUGGUCCCCUGUAAGCCCGGAUGGACGGUGCGGGAUUUGAUCGAGCAAGCCACACGCAGAUACCGCAAGGUUUUGGAGCAGCGUGGCGACUAUGCAGUGAGUACCCACCAUGUGGAGUACUAUGAGGGAGGGAUCCUGGACAUGGAUGACCUGCUUGCUGACCUGGUGGAGGACAGAGACAAGCUGGUGGCGGUGUUUGAGGAAAUCCCACGCGGGAGGACGGAGAGUCCGGGAAGCAGCAUCUCCAACGGCCGCUCAAGCCCCGCCCCCAGCCGGGAGGCCAUCCAGUACUUUCCCCACCUGUCGCCCCAGCAGCCAAUCAGAGGCGAGAUCGAGGUCAACGAGGCCGUGCUCAGAGCCAAUAACCCUUUGUUGGUGAGGAGCAGCAGUGACUCAGCCUUGGCUCCGCCCGUGGAAAUGACAGCCACGCCCUCGACCUCACCUGACGACCACGGCAACCACCCCUCUGAAACGGAUGUCAACCAUAUUCUGAAGGGAGCUUUGGACCGACUCCAGCACAACAACGACAACCCGCCUGCCAAGAUGAGCCAGGUUAACUACAGCACCCUGACCAAAACAGUGGAGCUGUCAGGUGACCAGGAACCCCUGGGUAUCCACGUCGUCCCCUACUGCUCCUCUCUCAGCGGCCGGACCCUGGGCCUGCACAUUAAGGGCAUCGAAGAGAACAGCCGCUCCAGGAGAAACAACAUUUUCCAGGAGGACGAGUGUAUCGUCCAGAUCAACGACACCCUGCUUCAGGACAAGACGUUUGCACACUCACAGGAGUUGUUCCGCCAGGCCAUGGCCUCCUCUGUGGUGCGUCUGCAGGUCCUCCCCGUCUCCAACAGGCAGCGAUACGAGAAGAGCCUGAUCGGUCAGCUGUUCACCGCCGAGGGCCACAACCCCUCCCCCAAAGCCAAGAGCCCGAUGGUAGUCCGCACCAAAGCUGACGCCAAACUUGAAUCCAAACCAGAACCCAGAGCGGACGCCAAAGUGGAGGCGAGGAGGCCGGACGUGCGCGCCAAGACCCCCGACCCUCCGGCUUCGGUCAACCCUCCGGCGGAGCUCCAGUCUGGGCCAGCUGCCACAGAGAGAGUCUCCCCCACACCUGCAGGCGGGGCGGGGCCGUCCUCCCCAACUCUGGCCAGGAAGAGCCCCGCCCCACCCGGCCUGGCCAGCCUCACCAGCAGGAAGGGGGGCAAAAGGAUUAAAAUUGACCUCAAGAAAGGCCCCGAGGGUCUGGGCUUCACCGUGGUAACCAGGGACUCGUCGGUCCACGGGCCCGGGCCGAUCCUGGUGAAGAACAUCCUGCAGCGCGGUGCCGCCGUCAAAGAUGGUCGCCUGCAGCCCGGAGACCGCAUCCUCGAGGUGAACGGAGUGGACAUGACAGGCCGUAGCCAGGAGGAACUGGUGGCCAUGCUGCGCAGCACCAAGCAGGGGGAGAGUGUGUGUGUCGUGGUGGCACGGCAGGAGGACAUCUUCCUGCCCCGGGAACUGAAAGGGGAGGACGCUGGCGGUCUGGUGAUGGAGGACGGCAGGGAACAGCUGAUGUACGAGAUCCCGCUCAACGACACGGGGUCGGCCGGCCUGGGCGUCAGCCUGAAGGGCAACAAGUCCAGGGAGACCGGGGAGGACCUGGGCAUCUUCAUCAAGUCCAUCAUCCACGGAGGAGCUGCAUAUAAGGAUGGACGGUUGCGCGUCAACGACCAGCUGAUCGCGGUGAACGGCGCCUCGCUGCUCGGCCGCUCCAACCACGCCGCCAUGGAGACGCUGAGACGUUCCAUGUCGUCAGAGGGCAACGCCAGGGGCACCAUCCAGCUGGUGCUGCUACGAGCAGCUGCACAGAUGGGCUACCACUCUGGACCGAGCAGCAGCAUCAGCCAUCAACCCAACGUCCAACCGGGCGCCGGCAACCAGGAGCUCCAGGAGCCUGGGGGUGCCAACGGGCCCUCAGCGUACCAGGGGCCCCACGGACCCUCGGGACCCCUCAGGCCCACAGCGGCGGAGCUCAACAUGAACGGUUUAAGUCAAACAGUCAUGACCAACAGCUACGCGUACAGCAACUCUGCAAACGCUGCGUAUCCCGCGGCGACCGACGGCGGCAGUCACGGUCACUACGGUGACGUCUUCGAGGAGGAGCUGGAGGAAGACUUCCCCCCGCCGCCCUCCCCCGGCGCCGUGGAGGAAAUGAACAGAGACCGACCCCUAACACCCCCGUCACAUAGUGAGUUCCACAAGGCGCCCCACUUGGCCUCAGCGUUCUACACGGACAACACGCCUCGCAACAGGACGUCCAAGAGCAUGGAUCUGGUGGCUGAUGAGAGCAAUGUGGCAUCGCUGGUGGGGCAGAAGCCAGAGCCUUCAUCUGGGGGAGUGCUGGGCCCGACCCUGGGUCUCUGGAAGUCCAGCUCCCUGGAGAGCCUCCAGACGGCCGUGUCGGAGGCCAGGCAGAGUCAGAUGCAAGCCCAGGUGCCCUUCCACCGCCCACGGCCGCACAUGGUCCGCGGCCGAGGGUGCAACCAGAGUUUCCGCCUCGCCAUCGAUAAAUCCUACGACGGACCUUCUGAAGAUGAUGACGACCUAUCAGAGCAGAGCUCUGGUCGUGACACACCGGCCAGCGGCUCCUCUCGUCAGGGCCUGGACACUGAUGACGGAAAGAAGAAGAAGAAGGGCAAACCAAAGAAGAAAGAGAAGAAAGGCAAAGGGAAGAAGAAAACGGAAGAUUCCUCAGAGGAUUUAGAGAAGAAGACGAAGAGGAAAGGAUUCGGUCUUUUAAGGUUUGGUAAGAAGAAAGAAGACAAGAGCAAAGAGGCUGUCAAAGCAGCCAAAAACAAACUGGAGGCCCUGAGCGAGGAGGAGCUGGACAAGAUCCCUGACAACAGAGCCGGGUCAGAUCCUCGCUAUGCGGAGGUCCACUCCGGCCGCCCGACCCCUGACCCGGCCUCCCUCCCUGACGUGGAGGACGACGACAGCGACCCCAACUACGCCCGCAUCAACACCUUCCGCCCGUCGCCCUCCCCCCAGCUGCACCUCAGCCGCACUCCGUCCCCGGGAGCGCCGGUGGCCGCCGCCAACCCUCCCCAGCCCUCGGCCGAGGACCUGGAAGGGCUCUACGCCAAGGUCAACAAGCACCGAGCUCCACCCGCCGCCCAGAACCAAACACAGGCAGACAGUGAUCAGCGUCUGCAGGUGCUGCGUAGGGAGUACCAGCAGGCCAGAGCCGCUCCGGCCUACGAGGAGCUCGACGCAGCACGACGCCGCUUCCUGGAGUACGACCCGCACCGGCUGGCACCCAGAGGAGCCGACACCCCCCGCCCCGCACACCGCUACGAGGAGGUGGACAGACAGUACCCAACACACCCCAGGCGGGACCCGUAUGAUUACCCCACCCACUCCCGACCCAUGCCGAGAGACCCCUCCCCCUACCAGCCGCCCACUGACGCCCCCGCGCCCGGCCGCCAGUCCCAGCAGCAGGCGCCCAAAGACGCCCGCUACUACCCGCCGUCCCCGCGCACCGGCCAGCAACACCGGGCGCCGCUGAGGCAGGACGUCCCGCCGUCCCCGACUCAAACCCGCAGGGGGCGCCACCACUACGACACGGCGGGACGACAGGGACACGGGAACCGGCAGGCGAGCCCCGGGCGCUACGUCAGCCCCGAGAGGUACGAGGUGGUCCCGGGACGCUACGUCAGCCCCGAGAGGUACCGGGUGGGCCGGGAGCACUACACCAGCCCCGAGCGGUACGGAUACGGGGAGCGGAGGCAGCCCGACCCGAGGCAGAAGAACCCGGUGAUCGGGGCAGUGUGAGAGGUCGCCUAGCAACGCACACCAGCCCCGUCCCCAUUAAGGACGGGUCAGAGAGAGAGAGGGGGAUUUCGGUGAUUCGUACGCCGGCCUGAGCAUAAAUACCCACCGAACUAAACACAAAAUCAGCUUGACGCCGCGUAGCUGUCCUGUGAAAACGCUUUUUAGGAUUUUCAGCCUGGCCGCCGCGGAGUUUUAGAAUUUAAUCUCCUUCAGUUUGAGUUGAAACAGGAAAAUGGCCAAGAUUUGGAGAGGUGAGGUUUGUGUGGGACACCAGAGCUCAUCUAAAGACCCGUCUCUCAGGCGUUAGGGAUUCGUGUAAAUACACACAUAUCGACCACUGUGAGUGUUGAUAUUUGCAUGUAUGUCCGUGUACAUAGCGAUUUGAUUUUACAUUGAUGUUGGUUUUAUACUGUAGGGUUGAGAUUAUUAUUAUUAUCUGUACACACAGACCAAGCUUAGUGACUCUGUGCCGUAAAGGUAAUGCUGACUUGCGUUUUGCACGAGCUGAUCAAACGGGGCGGGGGGGGGGAGUAAGGAGGGAUCACCUUGACCGGCCAGACACCGAAGGGACACACACACACACACACAGGAAGUGGACCGCGGACAAACAGGAAAAGGAAGUAGCCGCACUUCAAAGUGUCUUCUCGCGCUUGAUGUUUUGUCGCUCGCACUUCCCCCACAUCCUGCUCAUCAGACUUGGCUGUCUUUUUUUUUUUUUUUUUUUUUUUUUUUUUUUUUAUGUGUGUGUAUUUUGCCUUUUUUUUUUUUUUUUUUUUUUUUAAUUAUUUGAAUGUGUAUGUGGCUAACAUUAUCACACGAAUGCAUUCCAAAUAUGAGUUUAUUUGUACAAGUGAUAUUUUUGUGCUUCUUCUAAUAAAACGUCUGUAUAUAUAUAUCAUAACCCGAGGUGUGCUGCGUGCUGACUCCACACACACGUUGCUCUUGAUGAGGAGCCAGAGGUCUCCUUCUUGAACAUAUCAUUACUGAAAGUCAUUACGGUGUGCGCGCGAGCGUGAACGAAUCAGCACUGACAAACUUGCUAAAUGAUUUGACAAUGGUGUAAUUAAAACACGCUGUGGAAUAAAAGCUUGAUUU